AUGGCCAACAGAUACCCGACUAUGGAUAUGGCCGGAAACCCCGAGGAGGUUGCUGCAAUCCGGCCUGCGGUUGCUAAAUUCCUAGAGGCUAUGGAUGAGCACAACCAGAAGUGCGACGCCGCUUGGGGCAGCCUCAGGCAAGCCCACGAGGACCUCGAACAGGUUCUGCAAGUUGGCCUUUGGCAAGUCGAGGGGGACUCUGAUGCUUGUGCUGCGUGGAAGGAGGCGGUGAACCGUGACGCCAGACUUCUGGACGACAAGAUGGAUGACGCCCAGGAGGGAUUCCAAACCUACCACAACCUCAUCAUCGGCCAGGCCCUCAAGCUGCAAGGUACCAUGGAAGAUCCGGAAACACCAGAGAUCAAGGCCGAGGAAGAUGAGAAUCCUGGUGUGGUGGAACAAGGUCCGGAUCCGGGUCGGGACGACGGAGAAGCUAGCGGCAGGGCAGAGUCUCCUUCUUCUGACCAGAACAAUACAAAUGCUAGCACGGCUAACAGCCCUGACACCGCCACCGUGGCAGACAGCACCACAGGCCUCGUGGAGCAGCAGAACAAGCUCCGCACACAACAGUGCGACCAGCAACAGGAGAUCGCCUACCUCAGGGGCCAGAUCAACAACUUGGAGUUGCAGCUCGAGGCGCAGAACACCAGGCUUGAGAACCACCUCCAAUCCCCGGUUCACCAGCAGAUUCCCCGGCAGUUGCAGGAGGUUCACCAACAGAUGCAGGAGCUUUGCCAGCAGCGCUUACAGCAGCGACAACCACAAUUGCGGCUGCAGCCUUUGCAACAGCAGCAGCCCAUUCAGCAGCUGCCCAUUCAGCAGCAGCCCAUCCAGCAGCAGCGGCAGCCCCCAGUUCCUGGCCCCGUCUGCCCGGGUCCUGCUCCGUUCCCCUACCCUUUUCACCAGCACGAAGUUAAUGAGGUCCUCGCCCGUGCCGGCCAGAACCCUGCUGCUCACGGCACCCAGCAAGCCCCGUUCCCCCCUAACAUGAACAACAUGAACAAUGCCCGCUUCACUUAUGCCGAGUGGGUUGCCCUCCAGCAGUCCCAGAGGCACAUAGCUCAGCAGCACGAGCUGCAGAGAAAGAGGAAGAACAGCACUAGCAGCAAUGACAAUCACAACAAUGGGAACGGCAAUGGCAUUGACAAUGGGAUCGGCAAUGUCAUCGGCAAUGGCAUCGGCAACGGCUAUGGCAACCCAGCCGCCCAGUACCAGUACCAGCACCAGCCCAAGAAGAGGCUGUCGACGGCAAGCUCCAUUGUCCGGGGCAUCGUUCCGGAGGACGUCUUCUGGCAGCAGCAGCAGCAGCAGCAGCUUGCCCGGUCCGCCGGCACCGUGCACGGCGCACCGUCUGUGUUCCCCGCGCCCUUCGUGGCGCCGCCUGUGCCCUCCGUGGCGUUUACGGCCCCCGCACGGUCCGAACCCUCCGUGGCGCCUGUGCCUUCCGCGUUGGCCGUGCCCCCCGCACUGUCCGGCCCCUCGGCCAUGCACCCGGGCAUUGGCCCCGUCUUUUUUUCUGCGGCGGCCCAACAGCAGCAGGUGCAGCAGGGACAACAGCUGCAGCAACAGCAGCAACCCCAGCAACAGCAGCAGGGCGGGUACCAGCUCCCGCAGUACCACAACCACUACCUUCCCGGUGCCGGUCAGGGCCAGUGA